UUUUAAAAUCUAUUUAGUCUUUUAUUAAUAUUAUUUUGUAGGCUGAAACUUUCAUAAAUAUAUAUAGUUAAAAACAACAGACGUGUACAAGGCACAAAAUAUUACAAGGUAGGACGAUACAUAAGUAAAUAUCUCCAUUAAAAAAAAAGAAUAAUAAAACUAAAUAUUACACAUAACUACUGAGCUUUUACACCAACUUUCUGCAAUCUCCUCGUGCGUUGCGUGAUCCGGAAAUUUCUGGCUCAAUCCACCAAGCCCCGCCCACACGUGCGAUUGCUCAGCUGACGCAACUGACAGCUCGGGUAUAAGACCUCCGCGCUCACAGACAGCAGCCGCUCAGCUCAACCAACUCGAUACAUGGAGAAGACACAGACCAAACGCUCGGAGGAGAUACCGGUGCUUCACAAACAGGAAUCAGGAUGGUCUAUAGCUCGGCUCUGGUCUUUGGACACCUCUUGUCGGAGGAAGAAAACGUCGUAGAGAUGAUAGGAAAGUGCUUUUGUCCGCUAAAGACAACAGGACAAAAGAUGAGUUCAUCCCGGCGGGGAAGCGUCGAGAGCUACGAAGAAAGCGAGAGCAUUUCAUCCUUUGCUGACCUGGACGCCGGUCUGGAGCACGAACAGCGGCUUUUCCAGCAGGUUGUGACUCAGCAGAUGGAGCGUCGCCUCACUGAGGCCAAGGCUUCCAUCCUCAACUGCCAGGUGCUCCUGCUGCCUCGCCACAUGACCACCAGGAUUAGUCAGGAUGUGGUGCGUGCCUCUGCUGAUGAGCCCUGUGGGCUCCGGGGGGCCUCCAUCAAGCUCUACAUCGAUGGCAAAGAUGGCCUGAAGUACAUCGGGAGCAUCUUCCCCGAUUCCAGCGUCACACCGACUUUCGAGCUAUCUGUGGUCUUCAAGGCAGAAAGUGACGGCUGGCCGUCAUUCAAGAACAUCUUCGAUGGCAACAAAGUUUUGAAGCUGAGACCAGAGUACCGGCUGGUCAAGAGGAAGCUCUACUCCUCUGCCAGUCCUGUUGUUCACGACUUCAACUAGGGGUGAAGAUGAGACGCUAAACCAUUACCCGUGUGUGGUUUUAACCAUCAGCUACAUGUAGUCUGCCAUGCACUGGAACCUGAUUGCCUUCCUGUAGUUUUUAAAGUGAGUUAUUUAUUUUUCUGUAUGAAAGUCUGACAGGAGGCCCACUAUUUUUCUUCUUUUUUAUAUUUAUUUUUCGCUUUCCUCUAUUCUGUAGUUGGUGACAGUAUUUUUGCACCAGUAUUUGAAUGUAAAGAUGUGUACACUGGAAGUGUGUCGGUACAGGAUUGGGCAGGCCUCAUUCCUGAAAGAUGCCUCUUAAUAUACAGAAUGCAAAAUAAACUUUUUGCACAACUUCA